UUUAAUUAAUUCUCUCUUGUAUUAUAAUAAUUUUUUUAAAAAAAUGUCAUCAACUUAUAUUCCUUUGUCUGUAAUUCCCUCUCUUUGUUACUGCUAUUUCUUCUCUGCCAAAAUCCCAAAAGGAAUUCCAAGGCUAAUUUCACUUCUCCCCAUAUUUUACCUCUUCACAAUUUUCCCACUUUACUUUUCUUCUGCAUUUUUCAUAAUAAUCACCACUUUCUCCAUUACUUGGCUUGCCAUCUUCAAGCUCAUUCUCUUCGCUUUCGAUCAAGGCCCAUUAAUUAUCAAUCCGAAAUACUUAUCUCUCCCCGUCUUCAUCACCAUAGCCGCUCUCCCUCUCAGAACCAGCUUUACCCCAAACCAAAACAGAAAAAAUCUAAUGAAUUUAGCUGUAGAAUGUGUCAUAUUUGCUGUAAUCAUGGAGAUUAUUCUUCAUCACAAAAGUAAAAUUCAUCCAAAAUUAGUGUUGAUUAACUACUGUGUGAUGAUUUUCCUUAUGAUUGAUAUUCUCGUUGCUUUGUUUACCUUUAUCGUUAAGCAUUUACUGUGUUUAGACAUAGAGAUAGAGUUACCGUCCAAUGAACCCUAUUUCUCAACUUCGCUACAAGAUUUUUGGGGAAGAAGAUGGAACCUCACCGUAACAAAUACGCUGCGUAUCACUGUAUACAAUCCGGUAAGGUUAGUGUUGUUGCAUGUGAUUGGUAGAAACUGGGCCCAACAUGGUGCCUCGCUGGCGACUUUUGUCGUUUCUGGAUUAAUGCAUGAGCUGAUAUUUUACUACGUUGUUGAUAAUGGUGUGAGGCCUUCGUGGGAAAUGACGGGCUUUUUUGUAUUACACGGGCUUUGUGUAAUGGUGGAGAUUGAAGCAAAGAAGGCUUUGAAAGACACGUGGCGGUUUCCCGGGCUUGCUUCGGGCUCGUUAGCAGUUGGAUUUGUGGUGGUUAGUGCUUUUGGGCUUUUUUUUCCACCAAUAAUUAGGAAUGGUGUAGAUGAAAGGAUACUUGAUGAAGUUAGGUUUUGCUUUGACUUCCUCAAAGAUAAAAUGCUUCAAUUUGUAAUGUUGGAUAACAUUUGCAACUUUGGCUACUAGUAGAAAAGUUAAUUGUACUUUUCACUUCUUGUAUUAUAUAAUCUAUUGGUAAAUUUUA